AGAAAGAAAGAAAGGAAAAAAAAAAGAGGAGGUUUCAUGAAUCAUAGUCGUGCUGACAAUCUUCGAACCAUUUGUGGGUUUCAUACAAUCGAUCACCAAUAGAACAAAGGAGAAACAGAGGAACAGGAAGAAGAACAGAAGGAGUGGGAAGUGUAUGAGGAAGCUGUGUCCGAACAUAGACAAAGACGAUGGUUUGGAGACGGUGUUGGAAGUUCCGAUACCGGAGGAGAUGUUCUCCGGUAUGGGUAACAACGUGGCGUUGAGGUGGCAGAACAUGAUGACGUGGAUGAAAGCUCAAACCUCUGAUAAAUGGUCGCAACCCCUUAUCGCCGCUCGUAUCAACGAGCUUCGGUUCCUUCUCUACCUCGUUGGCUCGCCUCUUAUACCUCUACAGGUUCAAGUCGGUCACUCUGUUCAUAAGCCUGUCAAAGAUUCCUCCAUUCAAGCUUCAACGGCGAAAUACAUAGUGCAGCAGUACAUAGCAGCAACGGGAGGACCAGCGGCGUUAAACGCGGUGAACAGCAUGUGCGUCACGGGACAAGUGAAGAUGACGGCGUCGGAGUUUCAUCAAGGAGACGAUUCCGGCGCUAAUCUAAAGAGCAACGACGAGAUGGGUGGUUUCGUUCUCUGGCAAAAAGAUCCAGAUCUAUGGUGUUUGGAGCUAGUCGUCUCCGGUUGUAAAGUCAUAUGUGGAAGCAACGGUCUGCUUUCAUGGCGACAUUCAUCUAACCAGCAAACUCCUGCGUCCACCGGACCGCCUAGACCUCUCCGCCGGUUUUUACAGGGACUAGAUCCACGUUCGACGGCAAAUCUGUUUCUUGACGCGACGUGCAUCGGAGAGAAGAUAAUCAACGGUGAGGAUUGCUUUAUCUUGAAACUGGAGACGAGUCCGGCGGUUCGGGAGGCUCAAAGCGGUCCCAAUUUUGAGAUCAUUCAUCAUACGAUUUGGGGUUAUUUCAGUCAAAGAUCGGGACUUCUGAUUCAGUUUGAGGAUUCACGACUUCUGAGGAUGAGGACCAAGGAAGACGAAGACGUUUUCUGGGAGACUAGUGCUGAGUCGGUCAUGGAUGAUUACCGUUACGUCGACAAUGUCAACAUCGCUCACGGCGGGAAAACUUCCGUCACGGUUUUCCGGUACGGUGAAGCGUCGGCCAACCAUCGGAGACAGAUGUCGGAGAAGUGGAGGAUCGAAGAAGUUGAUUUUAAUGUCUGGGGUCUCUCCGUCGAUCAUUUUCUUCCUCCGGCCAAUUUGCAGAUCGGGAAGUGAAUUUGAAAUUGAUUUUUUCUUUAGACACUCUCAAAAUUUCGAUACAUCUAUCAUACAAUAACAAGAAAAAAAAACAAGAUCCUGUGGAAGCACAGCAGUUAUGUUGUUGUUUGUAUCAUCCAUAAAAUAAAAGUCUGUGCACAUCGAGAGAAAAAGAAAAGACUCUCAUGCCCAUUGAUUAUA